AUGCAUGGGAGAAGAGCAAAUCGAGCGCAAGAAGAAGAGCAAGCAAGGUUACAAAAGGUAAAGGAAUUAAUUCCCUUGGUUAAUAAUUUAAUUAAAAAGAAGAAAACGAAUAGUUAUGAUAAAGAAUAUAUUGAUAGGACGUCUCUUAUAUUAAUGAAGUGUCCUUAUCUACAAACAUUAUGGAAUUAUAGAAGGGAAUAUUUUGAAUCUAUUAAACCAGAAUAUUUAAAAGUCAAGGACCAAAUUGAAGAUGAGCAAUGUGAUAUGACGAAAACUCCGGAGGAAUUAAAAAAACUAUUGAAAGAAGAAAACAGCAUGGUGGAAGAUAUUUUGAAAACAUUUAAUAAGUGUAAUGAAUUAUGGUUUCAUAAAUUAUGGAUUAUAAAAUAUUGCUUAAAAGACAAUUUAAUAGAUAUGAAAGAUUUGUUAAAUGAAUUAGAAUAUUGUAAAAGUUCCUUUUAUAAGGAUGAUAGAAAUUAUCAUUGUUGGAAUUAUAGAUCUUAUAUAAUAUCUUGUAUACAUAUUGUACAUAAAAAAUUAAAUAAUAUUAAUAUUGAAAAUAAAGAUAAUGAAAAGUAUAUAGAUGAAACAAACCAAUCAAAUGAAUCAAAUGAAUCAAAUGAAUCAAAUGAAUCAAAUGAAUCAAAUCCAUCAAAUCAAUCAAAUUCAUCAAAUCAGUCAAAUGGAUGUUUUAAUUUUGAUGUAUAUGAAACCAAUUAUAAGUUAUCCAAAAUGUUAAUUGAAAAUAAUUUUUCAAAUUUUUCAGCAUGGUUUUUAAAAUAUUCUUUGAAAAAAUCCAUAAUAGAUAUUAAUAAUGAAUUAAAUUUAAUAAAGAAUGCUAUAUUUACUGAUCCCUUUGAUCAAAGUUUAUGGGAAUUUUAUAAAUGGUUUCUUUUUCAAAAUGGAAAUGACAAAGAAGAAAUUUUUUUCAUCCUUUUAAAUAAUAAUUCUAUAUAUUUUUUCUUUCCUAAUUUGAUUAACCUAAAUAUAUCGAAAUGUAUAUGUUAUGAUAAUAACAAUAAGGAAAUAAAGGGUUCAUGGGAUAAACAUAUAAUAACAAUAAAUAAUAAUAUUAAUGAUAGUAAUAAUAAAGAAUCCUUUGUAUUUUCAUUUAAAUUUGAUAAAAAUGAUUUAUCUUUAGGUAAUAUCCCAUAUAUAAAAUUUAUCUUAUAUUAUUAUAAAUAUAAUAUAUAUAUACCACAUCAAAUACAUUAUGAACAAAAUAUAUUAAAAGAUAUAUACAAAUUAUAUAGUAAUUCUUCAAAAGAAUAUAACAAAUAUGAACAUUCCAUAAUUUGCCAAAUUGAUAUAACAAAAAUUUCGAAAUGCGAACAUUUUAAUAUAUUAUUAGAUGAAAAUCAAUAUAAUAGAAAAGGCAUAUACCAAUUCUCAAAUAAUAUACUUGAUAAUAAUGAUAAAAAUAAAAUAUGUUAUAAUUUUUAUAAAUAUAUAAAUUCUGCAAAUAUUAUGUUAAAUAUAAGUACAAAUAUGGAUUUACAUUUAUUAAAUUUGGAACUUGAACAAAUUAAUGAAUUAUUGCUUUUAGAAAAUGACUGCAAAUUUGCUCUAUACACAAAGUUUGAAAUAUUGAAAAGGAUUGAACGUUUUGAAGAGGCAUUAAAAGUACUAGAUUAUUUGAAACAUGUUGAUUUUCUUAGAUUAGAAUAUUACAAAGAUCAAGAAACUGAGAUGCUAAUAAAGAAACGUAUCCAUGAUUAUUACGAGACUAAUGAAAAGGGGAAUAAUAAUGAGAUACUGGAUUUAACACACUUGAAUAUUAGAAGUAUUGUAUAUCCCCUUAUGAUCGAAGCCUUUUUUAUACCCAAAAUUGAUUUAUCAAAUAAUUCCAUAUCGGAAUGGUUCAGCGGUAAAGGGACUUUAAAUUUUUUGUAUAAUUUGAGGGACCUGUGUUUGAAUAAUAAUCAGUUGAAAAAUUUUGUUCUUCUUAUGAAAAAUUUAUAUAAUCUCAAAUUAUUGGAAAAACUUGAUGUAAGUAAUAACCAUUUAGUGGACAUGGAUCAAGACUUGGAUCAGUAUGAAUUUGUAAUUUUACCUUCAUUAAAGCACAUAAAUAUCAGUAACACAAACAUUGCUCUACUAUUAAACGAAAAGUAUAAACACAAAAAUAGCCUGAACACCUAUAAUAUUGUUAGACAUGACAAUACUGUAGUGUUAUCAAAAUUAUAA